UUCUGUAAACACUCCUGCUACUCUGUGGCUGUGCUCUGAUACUAAUUUUUUUUCUUUUCCAAACACACCUGUCUGCAGCCACUCCAGUAAACCUUUCCUCAUUAGACGCCUUUAAUUCAACGCUGCAUGUGCUGAGAUAAUCACCGAGGCGGUGAUGAGAUUACAAUGAGUCAUUUGCAAUGUGAAAAUGCGGCUUAUGUAUGAUGACUGCUAGACAAUCCGUGUGUCCAGUCUGGGCGGCAGAGGUUGACGGGGGAGUGACUGGUCUGUGCGGGCUGUCUGGCCUUGUGUCUGUCUGGCUUCAUGGUUGGUGUCUGGGUCACUGUGUUACUGUGCAGCCACUCUACAGACUCUUUGUGUUCACUUCUUUUAGGUUUCAAUUGAGGUUAUGAGGGUAAAAAAAGCAUCAUUUGUUUUGAUUUGGUGGGAAAUUACAUUAUUAUCACGACCAUCAUGACUCAACCCAGUACUCUGACAAAAUAGAAUAAUAAUAAUGUAAACAAAGUUAGUCUUCACUAAAGGUUUCGACCACAGGAAACCUCACGCAGUUGAACCAUUUUGCAUUUCCCCCUCUGUCCGCUGACUCCUAACAAUAAUGAUGGUCAUGUGCAGUGUAUUAUAGAGGUAAUCCCAUCAAUGUUCUGUCCCCGCACCUGAACCAGGCUCCAUGUUCAUGUCUAGGGGUUAAAGAAGCCUCUGUAAAGCCUGUCUAUUGUCUGUCUGCGUGGGUGGAGUCCAACAGUCUGGGAUUACAGGGCGGCAGUUCUGGAUUAUACAUCAGGAGACAAUACUGCAGCAUAGGGAGAGAGCAGGUGAAAAAGAGCAGUAAUACUCUAACAGCAUCUGGACAAGAAGUUCCUGGAGCAUUUUCCUGAUGCAUGCAGAUGGUUUUGGUUUCAAAUCAUGCAUCUUGCAUAGUUUUUUCCUCAGUUUUUUGUUUGAGGAAAUUUGUUUUCUUGGUAAUUUACCAACUUCUUGUUUUUUAAAAUCUUCAAAAAGUCAGAUUACGAAGUAAAGGGGAUUACCCUGGAAUAGGAAUCAUGUAUUUGAACAACAGAAAUAAUUCCAUCAACACAGAAAGAAGUAAGAAGAACAUAAAAGGCAAAACAUGUGAGUGUCUUGAUAAAACUCCACAUCAGGAGGAGAUCAUCACCUGGAUGUCCCCAAAGAUGGUGAAAAAGCUGGAGACAAAGGAGAACAUGAUGGCAGAGAAGGACUCAAUGCAGCACACAGCGUAUGAAAAGGCCUUCUAUGAUCUGACCCAUUCAGAGAAAGUCAUGGAUGAUCUGACGUUUGGACGGCGGGUGGGGCUUUACGAGCUGAGAGGGGAGAUUGGCUCUGGCAACUUCUCCCAGGUUAGACUGGGGAUACACGACCUGACCAAAGAGAGAGUGGCAGUAAAAAUCCUGGAUAAGGUGCGUCUGGACAAGCGUUCACAGGCACUUUUCGCCUCUGAAAUCUCUUGCAUGGAGAAGCUGUCUCACCCCAACAUAGUGCGCCUGUAUGAGGUGGUGGAGACGUUCAAGCGGCUCUACCUGGUGAUGGAGUAUGCCAGUGGAGGAGAGCUGUUCUCCCGUAUCAGCACCAGGGGGCGCCUGUCGGAUCUGGAGAGCAAGCUUGUGUUCUCUCAGGUCCUUUCUGCAGUCAAACAUAUGCAUGAUAACAAUAUUGUCCACAGGGACCUGAAGGCAGAGAAUGUCUUCUACACCAGCACUUACUGCAUUAAAGUGGGUGACUUUGGUUUUAGCACGUUUUGCUGCCCUAGCGAUGUCCUGCACACGUUCUGUGGCUCUCCACCUUACGCAGCCCCUGAGCUGUUCAAAGAGAAAAGUUACAUCGGUCACUAUGCAGAUAUUUGGGCGCUGGGUAUCUUGCUUUACUUCAUGAUGACAGCCACCAUGCCAUUCAAAGCUACUAACACAGGCAGGCUUAAAUGUUGUAUCCUGCAGGGCACUUAUGCCAUCCCCUCCUAUGUACCUGAAUCAUGCCAGGAGAUCAUUAAGGGUCUCUUGAGGCCUGUGCCUGUUGAUCGCCUCUCUAUGGCACAGAUCAUGUCCAGUGACUGGAUGAGAGGCAUUGAGUACUCCCAGGCUUAUCCCUCUUGUAGCCCCACACCUUCCCAUCUGGUUGAGUCCAACCACAUCUUCAGCUCAGAUGAACUAAGCGUAAAGGCAGCACUGGAGGAUCUUGGCAUCACCAGGGUCCAUAUCAUCAACAACAGCAUAGACUUGAGGAGCCCUGUUACUGGGACCUACCGGAUUUUGCUACAUCGCAUCCAAAAGAGGAGGUCUGCGGAGGCUGCGGGCUACAGCCAGUCAUGCACCAAGGAGUCGCAGAAUAGACUCAGAUUGAGAGCAGGCUCAAAUGCCCUGUUGAUCAAACGCCACUCUGUUGUCUGUAUCAUCAUGUAGUUUGGUUUCUUAGAAGAUUAGUUCAACAUUUUGUGCCCUCUUCUCAAGAGUGAUUAAAAGACCAGUGUCACUCUCACAUUGGUGCGUUAAGUACGGAGCUUAGCAUAAAGAUGGGAAACAAGGGGAAAAAACAACCCUGACUUUGUCCAGUUCUCACUAAUUAACUCUUGGUGUCCCACAGUAAUAUCAUUUUAGGGGGAAGUUAUGUGUUGUAACCACAUCUUGGUGAACAGCUGUAUUUCUAGACUUUCUUGUUGACACCGGUUAUAUCCUGUUACACAGGAAUAUGCAUAAACUGUUGUUCAUCAAAAGAGUAAACUGAAUACAACAUGUUGAUUAGUGGCUUCAUGCUAAGCUAAGCUAAUACAUCCUGAUUCCAGCUCCGUACAUAACACUCAGACAUGAGACUGACUGUUCUUUUCAUCUGACUUUUGUUAAGAAGGCAAAUAAACAUAUUUACCAAAAUGUUGAGCUGAUCCCAUAAUUUUUCUCUUAUGGUUUUUAGGACAAAAAAAGGGCAGGACAUAGUUUCAGAUUUGAUUCUGGUUGUAAAUAGAUGCUCUCAUGCUACUACAAGUCACUGGAAAUGAAAGUAUGGGCAAAUGGCACAGUCUGUGACUGUACUCGUCUCAUGUUCACCAAGAUAACACUGAAAAUUUUAUAUUGUGCACUGUACUCAAACCAGUGAGCGUGAAUUAAAUUUCACAAAGACUGAGGAUGACCUGGAGAUUCAUCUUUCAGUAAAACAUCAGGAAUGUGAAAAUAAAACUUCAGAAAAAAAGAAGUAUUAUUAUAAAUGGGAAAAAUGUUGAUCAGAAACAGGGAUAACAGGCAAACAGGGAUCUGACUUUUUCAAUACAUGUGAAUUUUGGUUUUAUAUCCAAAAGAGUUUACUUACAUACUCACAUACUUAUAUGCUUCAGGCUGUUCUUCUGUUUAUUGCUCCUGAAGGCUAGAUAUAUAUUUUGGAUCCUUUGUAGUUAUUAGUGAUAAAUGUACAUACAUUUACAACAGGAAUUGUAUGGAAAAAGAACUUAUUAGUAACAAUAACCUUUUAGUAAGUAAAUAAAUAAGGAGGACAAAAGGUUAUUUUUUUGUUUUUAUAAAAUAAUUCAGUAGAUCCCAUUGUUGUGGAAUUUAAAUCACAGAACAAUUAAAUCAGGUCUUUUUUCUGCUAAUGUAUCUCAUUAUAUUUAUAUGUACAGGGAUAUUAUUAAAAUUGUUCAUAUGUCCUACUCACUGCAUUCAUAGUGCUGCAAAACAUUUCUGCCACAUGUUAGAAUAACAUAGUAAGAAAAACAGUUAUUUAUGAUCCUGCAAAUAUAAAGUUCUCUGCUCAUUGUGAAGGCAAGUGGCAGUUUUGGGGGGGUAGGUAAAAGAGUAAGAAAUUUUAUGGCAAUAAAUUUAAUGUCAUUUCUAGGUAACUUCAUAGUGUGCAAUGUUUUACGACUGCUUUCAUCUUUCUUUUUAUUGGCCUUUCUACACUUUCAUAGGAGUCAUGAUUUAUGAUUGCAACAUAAUUGUCAGUAUUUGGCAUCAAACUUGCACAGAUUUCUGUUAACAUGAAUUUCACUUUAUUUAUGUUAUGAAGUUGGCAGAGA